GUCAUAUGCGGAAGCGAAGCGGCUGAUGUGGUCCAUGUGGGAGAUAUGGAAGGGUCCCCUUCGGUGCAGACCUUCUCGCUGUUUGAUCUGGGUGUAGAAAGUCCGGUGCUGUCAGGGCUUUCGCUGUAUAGCAGUAAUGGAAGGGUGGAGAUCCAGGAUGACCUCAAACCUUCAGAAAUCAAACUCGGGGAAACUAAAGUUCUGGAGAUUUCAGACCGUUUGAGUUGUUCUGCGUGCCAGUGUGCAUUUGACAGCAGAGAGGAGCAGAGAGAGCACUACACUCUGGACUGGCAUAGAUUUAACCUGAAACGUAGGAUUAAAGGUGCAGUCCCGCUGAGUGCUGAGGAUUUCCAGGAGAAGACACGUGCUGGAGAUGUUUCCAGCAUCUCUGGCUCAGAUUCAGAGAGCUCUGAUGAUGACGAUGGUGGUGGGUUGGAUGUGUCCCCAGGGCCAGAUGCAGAUCCAGACCCCAUUCCUGGACCCUCUAGGCGUUCUCAGAGAUGCUUUUUCAGGAACGGUCACAAACAGCUCCUCUCCGUGUACCGCUGUAUGUUAGGGAAAUCCAAGGACUCGGAUCUCGAGCCGGAGCAGCUUUUAAGCUGUGUGAAGUCCAUGCAGGAACAACCGCUUGUGGUGAUACUCAUGGCUGGGGGAGGACACUUUGCCGGGGCCGUAUACAAAGGAAAAGAGGUGUUGAAACACAAGACCUUUCAUCGUUAUACUGUGCGCGCUAAGAGAGGGACCUCGCAGGCUGUACACGAUUCCCAGAACCGCAGCCACAUGCCCAAGUCAGCCGGGGCUGCCCUUCGGAGAUAUAACCAGGCGGCUCUAAUCACGGACAUCACGCAGCUACUGCAGAGCUGGGCAGCGGAAGUGAAUGAGGCGCGCUGCAUAUUGGUUCGUGCCCCCCGCUCCGACAGGACCCUCUUUCUCGGACGCAACUCCCCCAUCUCCAGGAAAGAUCCACGCGUGCACAGUGUGCCCUUUGUGACCCGAAGAGCCACUUUCCGAGAGGUGCAGCGAGUACAUGCGCAGCUCUUCACGCUGCAGGUCUUUGAAAAAGACAUUCCGCUGUCGCUUGUCUCAGGGCCAAGAAUAAAAGUUACCAAACCAAGAAAACCAGUCCGGACAGAGACCAAGGAAGAAAGAACGGAUAGUCCGGAUUUAUCUGAAGAAGAGGAACCUGUAACCGAACAUCUUAUAACAGAAGAGCUGACGCUCAGCACACUGGAUCUUCGAGAAUAUGAACUGCAGCCUAAGCGAAAAAGGAAAAAGAAGAAGAAAAAAGAUGUGGAAAUAACUGAAUCGGGUAACGCUGCUCUGAAUAUUCCUGACGCAUCAUGCGCUGCAAACUACAGUGACUUUACUCGCGUUGUAAGAACGGAGACGCUGAGCGCUGUGUUUCUUGUAGGCGAUGAGGUGGGCCGAGCUCGUAACGCCUUGUUCACCUGCUGCAAGACGGGGGAUUCAGAGACGGCCAAGCAGAUCCUCCAAGAUCUCCCCUCGAGUACUUCACAGACAUCGGCAGCAAAGCCAGCUGUCGGGGCGCUCGGCAAUCUGGUGAAUGAACGCCUGCCUAUCGAGGGACGUACCCUGCUACACGUGGCGGCGUCGGCGGGACAUGGAGAGGUGGCGUGUCUGUUAAUGGAUGCCGGCUGGGAUCCUGCACUCAGGGACUCUGCCGGACGGACUCCUUAUUCCCUGUGCGCUGACAAAGUAACGAGGAGCCUCUUACGCAAAUAUCGGGAAGACAAGCCAGAGAGAUAUAACUACAGCAAAAGCCAGAUCCCAGAACCGAUUUCGGAGGAAGCAGAGACUCAGAGGGCCAAAAAGAAGCAAGCGCAGAGGGCACAGAAGAAGCAGCGGGAAAAGGAGGAGAAGGAAGAGCGGAAGAGGAGGGAGGAAGAAGAAGCUGAAAAGAAGAGGUUUGCAGCCCUGAGCGACCGUGAAAAGAGAGCGAUGGCCGCAGAACGCAGAUUGGCUGCCCAGCUCAACACCACCAAAGCGAUGGAGAUCCAGGGCAGACGCUGUUGGCUGUGUGGAGAGUCCCUUUUAGGAAAAGUACCCUUCGAGUAUCUAGACUUUUCCUUCUGCUCCACUCGUUGUUUGCAGGAGCAUCGAAGGAGCAGCGCAGCCAAAUGAUCGGAGAACAGAACCCCGGAGAUCGCGGCAUACAAGGGCUUCCCAGCAAGACGUGUGUGAAUAGGAAUUGAGUAUAAGAUCAAAAGGUACUUGAUGGGACGAGACGAGCGUCCAUGGUGCUGACCUCUUUGCACCUUCACCAUAUCUCAGUAUUACCUGGCCGGGAAGCCGAACCCGGGCGCUGCUUGAAUUUAAAUCGUUGGGUUUCUGCGGUCGGACGUUCUGAGGCACCGAUUAGGAAAAUGUCGCCUUUCCUAAAUCUCACACUUUACGGUUCUGUACACUAAGUGAAUCCCCAUGGAAGCCGAUUAGGACUAGGAUUGCUAAUACUGUGGAGCGUCCAAAGUCUUUGCAGAAAUCUUUAAUCGUGAAAAAUUCAGUUUUCUUUAGGGCAUACUUAAUUGUCAUGUGACACAAAAGCAGGCAUCGAUAGGCUACUGCCAUAUAAAUAUAAAAAGUUUUUUUAAUCUGAUUAAACCUUCAGCAGACCAAGAAUAAAAUGAAAGCUAUGCCAAGGCUGUGCAACAAAAUGUUUUAUCGAUGUGCAACAGGAGCGUAACCGUCUGAAAUAAUUAUUAAAAAAUUGGAGGUGAUUCUGCUGGCAAUUAACCUAAUAUACUGAAUGUCUCUUAAAAUUAUAAACCUAUGGAAACCUUUUAGUUCA